AUGAGUCUCGAGCAUGAGACUAGCCGGAUUGGUCCUAUGGAUGCUCUUCUCAAGUGGUUAGUUCUUUCAUGUUUUCAGAAAAAAUGAGUUUUCUUACCAAAAAUGUUUUUUUCUGCGUCAAUUGUUAAUAAGGGAGUGAGGCUCGAAAUAAAAAAAAAUUCCAAUAGUUGGCAAAAUUAGGAUUUUUGGUCUGUGAUUAGCUGAUAGCAGUAGGAAAUGAUGAAAGGUUUUUGCUUUUUUAUUCUAAUUCUUGAGAUUAUCCGUAUAUUCCUGUUUCAAAUAACUUUGAUUUACGGCGCACAGUCCAAUACGUUCCGUUCAGAAGUUAUUUGGCCAAGAUUUCAAAAAAUACUUAUUUUGCAAGUUUUUCAAUAAGAAAACCAUGUUAGCAGCCUGACAUGGUUUUCUUAGGCGUUAAUGAUAUAAUUCGGAAAUUCUCAAUGAAUUGGUAGCUUUUCUUCAUUUUUCUUCUUCGUCAUCUUCCACCCAGAAACAAUUUAUUUCAACAAAAGAAAUUUGAUCGGGAACAAUUCAAUUCAAGUCGUCCGCUUUUGUAUGCGUAGCUAAUUGAGAAAAGGUACGCGGACGACGACUUUUGUGUCUAUUUAGGCGCAGAAUUCGCCGCUCACUCAAGGUUGGAGCUGAUUUUUCAACUGCCUAGACAAACAGCUGACCUGCGGAGUUGAAUGCGCUAAUUACAGGCGCACUAAUUGUACCCAUUGUUGGCUCUUUUUUCGUGAUUGCGGCCUUUUUGAAAGAACUUGGCCGUGUUCAGUGCAAGGUUGAGAAUAGAAGAGACUGUAGGAAAUUUUUCCUUGACUAGGAGUAGUCUUAAUAUUAUAAUAUGUUCAGAAUAACGCAAAUGAAAAAUAAUCAGUUUUCAAGUUUUUGACUUUCUGAAAACGGCUCUUAAUACAAUUUUCCCAAACGCAGAUCAUAUUCAUUCAAGUUUUUUUCUUUCCGAAAUUCAAAUAAGCGUUGACCUACUUUAAAUUUCAGCGGCUUCUAAAGACAAAUUAUUGUAUUUUUGUACCAGUUUGCUCCUUCCAAAGUUUUCCUCUUCUCUGCUCCGAUUUUAAGAUCACAGAACCACCAAUUACAAUUUUCUCAAGGCGGUCCUAGAAAAUUCUACCGCAACAGACACAAUGCAAUUGGACGUUCUCUGAAAGUCACAAAAACUUUUGCAAAAGACACUCAUCGAUUGUCAUAUCUUCUAGAACGUUCGGAGGCCCCGCGAUUUAUGAACUGGAAGUCGUUCAUCCAACUUUCGCCUUCGCUUACAAAAAUGCCAAACAACCGCUUCGCAAAUAGUGAGGCGUUGAAAAUAAUUUAUGGGGAUAGAUGGAAGGUUUUUUCUCCUCCGAAGUGCGGUAGAAUGGCGGAAACCAUAUAAUCGCUGUGUUGAUGGUCUCUCGUUGACACAAACGGUCAAUAAUUUUGCUUUUUUUGGACAAACAAAUGUAUAGGUUUUGGAGCAAACAACGUAGAAACCGUUCCGAUUAUUGAUGAGAUUGAAAAUGACACUUCGAUUUCUGAAAAAAAAAACCAUACCUGUAGCGGAUUUGCGAAAAAAAAAACGUAGUCGUCAGCAAGAAUAUGCAAAAAAAAGGCAAUGAUGCUUCAUAAAUAUUUAUAAAAGGUUAAAAAAAUGAGCUAGAAAAAUAGGUUCGAUUAGAUAGGCAGAAAGUGUUUACUUUUUUCGAUUUCUGCGCUACAAGACUUCGGCCUUUUCCUUUUUUUCAGAAGUUGAAAAAAAUAAUUAUUUUUUUCAAUCUCUAAUCUUUAGAAUCUCAGCACCAAGAGAACAAUUGGAAAAAAAUGCUUUUUCAAAAAAUAAAACGGUACUUCAACUUCAACAAGUGCAAGUUUUAUUACGCUAAUAAAUUUCCAAAAAUCAGUCAAAAAGACGUUUUCUAGAUCUAAAAAAACUCAAAUCGCGUGUAUAAAGUGUUAAAAAAAGGAACUUUAAAAAUCUGAGUAUGACAAGUAAAUUUUCCUGACAAGUUUGAAGAAAAUAACAAAAAUUAUGAUUAAUAAUAGGUUGAAAUUUCAGCGUUGGCAAGGCGUCCCUGCAACCGCAACACUUGUCUGAACGGCGGCACCUGCACGGUCAACGAUGAGAAUCGUCGUUUCCAAUGCGAGUGUCCACCGGGCUUCAGUGGACUUCUGUGUCACGAUAGUUGUUCUCUUCGAUGUGUUCACGGAUCCUGCACAAAAAGGCUCCUUCGGGGAAGAGAUCUGUCGAUGCCAAGAAGGUAAAUAUCCGUUUAAAAUUCAAAAAACCAGUUUUUUUUCUCAUAUUUUCCAGCUUUCAUAGAAGAGAAAACACGUUAUCAGAACUUAGCUUUCGUUUUGAUUUUUUUUUUUAUAUUAUUUGUUUCAUCUUAUGGUUUCUACUGUCUUCAACUUGAAGGAAGUUCAAAAAUAUAUCCGUGAUCCAUGAAAAACUGAGAAUUUCUUAAAGUCGUAAAAAAAACAGCUCAUCAAUCAAAAGAACCAAAUCUAUUUAUGUAUCUUGUUUUGCAGAAAUCAACCUCAAAAACUUGAGUGAAUUGAAAAGCAAAAAACAUGGCGCGACAUUUUUUCGCGACUUUUCCAGUAUUUUCAAAGAACAGGUCAUUUCUCAAAAUAGGAGAGAUUUGACGGGGGAGACGACUCGCAAAAGUCAUCCUUUGGCCCAUCAAUCAUUGCCCAAAGUCACCAAUUGCGAUAGGAAUCGACUAAGUUGGGGGGCUGACUUGUUAAGUUUUUUUGGACUUUUUGAGAGAUAUAAAAUAAAAAAAGGGGUUUUUUUAGAUAUUUAUGUGCACAAUUGUAAAAUAUGCGCAGUGGUGCUUUCAAGUUCAAGAUCUGUUGGAAAAGUUUCGCUAUCAAAUUUUUAACGAAGUACUUAAAAUAGUUUGAUCAAAGUGAGUUGAGCUUUUAGGUGUCGAAAAAGUUUUAUUCUGGCUAUUAGAAGAUAUUACUGUUAGAGUUGCCAUUUCUUUAAUUCUCGGAUAGAAAAUCGUACUUUUUUUAGAAAACAAUAAUGGUUAAUCAUGAUAUCAUGAUAUAAUGCAAAGUAGAAGAAUGAAGAAAACAGUUUGAAAAUUUUUAUUGCGACUCCUUGUAUCCUCUUUUUCUCAAUCAAGCUAGUAAAAAACCGAUUUCAAAAUUAAAAAUUUUGAAGGUAAUUUUUCAGGUUGGCUAGGAUCCUUGUGUGAUGUAUUUGCGGCGGCUCCAGCGGAAACGUGUACAAAUGACGCCGAUUGUCUUCCCGACGAAAGGUUUGACUUUUGGCCUGUCCGUUUUGAUGACAGCGCGACCGCUUUUUUUUUUCGAAAGAUUGAAAUAUUGCUUUUCAAAAAGAUGAUGUGAAAGGAAACCAUUUUUCUGAAGUCGCAGAAAAGACAGAACCUUUUGGAGCGUUUGAAGUUAUCAUAGGGAUCAUUACGGAAAGGAAAAUAACGAGAGUAUCCAUAUUUAAUCACAAAUUAAUACAAAUAAAGGAGGAGCUUCCAGAUUCAAUAAAAAUUAUAUUGUUCAAGAGUGGGAAGAAAAGUAAUGUCCAGCAAAUAAAAAAUUAUCAUCUAAUCACUUUAUAAUCUAAAAGUAUUUUCAAAUAGUCGCAGGACCCUCAUAUAAUGCCGUUAUUUUCACAUUUACUUUUCUCGGAAUCAGUUGGUUUUUGAAAUACAAACUCAACCCAAAGCUUCAUCGUACAAUUUUUUUAAGGUGUUCUCAUCAAGGCGACGGAAACGACGUCGUGGGUGCUUUUUGCGAGAAGAAUUCUUGUCACGCUGAACCGUGUCAAAACAACGCCACGUGCUUCGAGGAAAACGUACGCGCUUGUUUAAUUAUUACAAAGAUCGGUUUUUUCAACUUCCAUACGGUUUCUCAAACCUAACAGCAAAGGUCGAAGUCAUUGUUCCCACCAUAUUUCACCUAACAAUUAAGGUAUGACCGCGGAGUAAUAAAAAAGAGUCUUACCGAUGAACGUGGUGACAUUGAGAAGGUCGGAUUUCUUGGGGGAUUAUCUUGUUAUAGCCAAGUUUUGAGGGGUUAAUGACAGAAAUUCGGUCAGAGUUUUUUUGCGAAAAAUCUCGAAGUAACAAGAAAGCAUUUUCCGACCAAAUCCACCUAUAUGCUGUUUUUCAUCAAAUACUGAAAACCAUGACCGAAAAUAUUUCAAAAAAUGCUUUUCUGAAGUUCACCGCUUUUCUGUUAUAAUUUUUGGCCUAAAGUACAUAAUUUUUGAAUUUAAUCUCUCACUCCCGUCUUGAAACUUUAAAACAUGCCGAUUUCAUAGGUUUUAAGUCUUCAAAAGUCUAUACAUUCAUAGUCCAGUUAUUUACUGCCAACGUUUUAUCUCUCCUAUCAAAUUCGUGGUUCAGGACAGCUACAGGUGCGAGUGCACCCCAGGAUUCGGCGGCAAACAGUGCGACGCGGACGUCGACGAAUGCGAGAUCAGCGUUUGCAACAACGGCGCCACUUGCAUCAACUUUUUCGGAACCUUCGAAUGUCGCUGUCCACCCAAUUUCAGCGGUUUUUGAUGCCAUUUUGCACUAGAUUCAAACAACUAUCGUUCUAGGAAAAUUCUGCGAACUAGAAGACAGCAAAGAAUGUCCAAAGAAUGUUUGUGAAAACAACGGAAAAUGCAAAAGCUUUGAAGAUGAGGUUCGCUGCGAAUGCCCUGAAGGUUUCCAGGGUCAAUUUUGUGAGAAAAAAGUGGAAAUAAGCCUCGUCGUCAAAAUGAAAAUAAAAUUGGUUCAGGCUCUACCAGAAUGCAAGUGCAAUAAUCCUCACCAUGUCUGCAGCUUGAAAAACGGGAACAUCUUUUGUGAUUGCCCUGAUGGGUUCAUGGUAAGACUAUUGAUUUAGGCAUUCUUUGAAAUAAAACAGUUGAUUUCACAUUUAUUAAGCUUCAAAACCUUUGGCGGCUGAUUUUCAUGCGUUCAUAUUUUAGGGGGAUACUUGUUUGGAGCAGAAGCCAAGUCCUUGUGACAUGGAUCCAUGUCUAAACGGCGGCCAAUGUAAAGACCAUGGCAAUGGCACUUACACCUGUCUGUGCCUUCCUCACUGGUCCGGUUUAGCUUGUGGUCAACCCGCAGAAUGUCUUGUUGAAGGUGAAAAUCACUUUCAAAUCAUUUUGUUUAUAUUUUUUUUUAGGUAAACCUUGUACAAACGGAGGAAAAUGUGUUUGGGCUUUGGCCAUGACUCGCUGUGAAUGUCCAUCUGGCUUCCGCGGCGCUCAUUGUGAAACUCUGGACAUUGAAAAAACUUCAGUUUGUACUGAUUUCCCUUGUCAGCAAGGAGGUUCACACAAUCUGCACUCUUACCUACAAUUUUCAAACUUUCAGAAUGCGUGAUUGAGUCGAACGGAGAGCCGAAAUGUCAUUGUAAAGAAGGGUUCCUCCCGCCGUUCUGUGAAGAAUCCUCUCCUUGUGAACCGAAUCCUUGCGAAAAUAGUGGAACUUGUCAAAAUGCUGGUGAAUUUUUGAUCCCAAUCUCAUAUUUUUGUAGAGUGAAAAAGCAUUAUCAUCAAUUUCUUGUACUUUCAUAAAUACCGAGAUCGUUCUCUUUCAAAGAAACUAAUAGUAAAAAAAAAAUCGAGAAAAAAAAAUCCUUUGGAACAUCCGUUUCAUGAGAAGGUUAUAAUUUUUCUGAAAUGUAUGAGUUUUCGGAAAAUUAAUACAAAUAGGAAAGCUCUCUCAAUAAUUAUUUUCAUGGAUUUUCAUUCUUUCAUCAAUCCCAAAAUUAUUCAGACGGUCAAUUCUUCUGUCAUUGCCCAACUUCCUACACUGGAGUUCACUGUGAGACUCAAGUAAUCAAGGAGUUCCGAAAUUUCUCUCUGAAGUUAAACAUUUAGAUAGCGGUCAACAGCACCUCCACGACAACAGAAGCCACCGCCGUAGUCACCAAAGAUUCUUGGGUUGUAACGACAGAAAACAUUCCAAUCGGAACGAAUAGCGACGACGGCGACACCAGUCUCUUUUCGGUACGUAAAACAACACAACAAUCCUUUUUUCUAGUGGAAUAUCAAAGACCAAGGCUUUUCCAACGAAACAAGGACACUGCACAACAAUAACGAACAUAAAGAUUUCCCGAUGAAUGGAAAAAAAGACUGAAAAACUAAAAAAAAAAAAAAAUGAAAUUUUCAGACAUUUUUCUAGUAGUUGACACGAAUUAAUUUUAAAAAAGUUAAACAAAAAAAUACUAAGUUUGUGUUUUGAAAAAACUAGGAGGUGACUCAAACUAGGUUUUUUCCAGAACCUUUUGGAGAAGACAGGUCAUCAUACUCGACAGAGACAUUUUCUGGGAUUUUUUUUAACCUCCCGUGUUAGAAUGAAAAUUUUUUUUCCACAGACCUUUGGAAUCUUAAGAAACUUCUUUCUUCUAAACUGAUGAUAGGAACUAGGAGUUUUUGUGGAACUUUUUCUGCUUUCAGUUUUUUUGAAGGAAGAUGUUUCUGAUAACGCGCAUAAGUGCAAAAUGUCGAACAAUGUCGAUGGACUCUUCAGACAUUUUGUUUUAGUCGACGACCUGCGACGAAUGUCUUCAUUCAACUGGCUGCAUGGACGUCGAUUCCAGAAGCAUUUGCAUUUGCGAACAUGGAUAUUUCGGAGACAAAUGCAACCAGAAGCAUCUGGUUAGCUUUCUUCAAGCUCAUAUCUUUUUAAAAAGGAAUGGUAUAUUGAGUGUGAGGUUAAAAAUAGUGAGAAAAAAAUUCAACGUGAGAAGAUUUUUUUGUGGAAUGAAGUUUUAUUUGAUAUAUAUUUGGUGGUUUUUUUCUUGUUUCUAGCUUUCAGUCCAAACUUCGGAUGGUUUCAAAAAAUCUCUUCUUGAAACACGUGAUGAAAGUGAGCUGAAGUCAAGGUUUUUUCACCUAAUUGUGAAAAUCCGACUUAAUUAAGGCAUUUUACAAGGAAAUAUAAAUUUUCACUCUUUAGAGCAUAAAUCACAGCUCGCAGCUAUCUUAGUAAAAAAUCGUUUAUGAUUUGAAAUGAAUCUGAUCCAAGUUUUUUUCAGUAGUUUAGUGAAAAUUUCAACAAAUUAUUAGGCACAUUUGAGAGAAAAUCCCAGUUUUAUCAUAAAUCUUAGCUCACAGUCAUUGUCGUAGAGUUCAAGAGAAUGAACAUCACACAUCUUCUACAGAAAUUGCGUUCUCGAGUUUUUUUUUCCUCUCAGAACCCCUGUCAACAUGAUUUAUCGUCAAGAUCAGCGGUCCUCGUUUUAGCGAUUUCAUCUUUGAAGAGCGAGCCGAAAAUGGCACGAGUCUAUUUUUGGAUUUCAGAAGUGUGAGAAGAAGAGUUGCGAAAAGGGCGAAGUGUGCCGACUCACGACUACUAUAAAUGACGUCGAGGCCAGAUGCACGUGUCCGUUUGGAUUCGGCGGGGAAUCGUGCCAAACGCCAACGACAGUGUCCUUUUCGGCAAAGAGCAUCUUCAUUCAUCAAAGCUCGAAUAUUUUGUUAGGGUAAGAGAACAAGAAAAAAAAUAACAAAGAUAACAAAGAUAACAUAAGACAAAUCUCAUCCUCAACUCCAAAGAUUCUUUUAUAAAUUUUCGGUCAGUUUAUCGAUUCUGAAGCAAAGACUGUUUUGACUUCAUGAAUUGGUUAAAACUUGGCUUACCAGCGGGCGGCAAAGUAAUUUUUUGUGGGACUCCGAAAGAUAUUAACCCCAGUUGAGUAUCAGCAAAUCUUAGAAAUUUUUUCAUUUUUGUUUUCCUAUUGAAGCUGGAGGUUUUCAAAGAUUGAUAAAAGUCUCAAUUUUUUAAAAUUGUUUUCAGAUCUCCGAUAUCUUCGGUUGGCUACGAGCUGAAGUUCUCCUUUCGCACAACUCUGGGAAACGUUCAUCUUGCUAGUAGCGAAAACAUCCUUGGCGAGAAAAUUUUGCUCAUCGGACUCCAAAACGGACGAAUUUUCUUCAACGUCACUGGAACCACUUUCAAUGAAUUGAUUCCAAUGGAUGUGAAUGACGCCAGUUGGUAUCAGCUUUCCAUCUCUAAAACGCUAACAGUAAGAAAUAAUUCUCGGGUUUAUUCAUUCUUGUGAAUCAGGAUUUGCACGUAACUGCAAAAAACAAAGACGGAUUCGUGUUGUUGGACAAGAGAUUAUCAAGAGACCGAGAAUUUGACGUUUUUUCGACACGAUUUGGGAAGGUUCGUGUGAUCUCUCAAAGAUUAAAAAAAACCUGAGUGCGAAAUGUUCUUGGCCAUAUUUUUCCUCAAAACUUUAAUCUCAAGAAUUGCAGAAUAAGCGGAAAGUUUCGAAAAGUCUGGUACAAAGACCGUUAAAAAAUUGGAAAAAAUUUCAGAUUUCUGAAUCGAGUUAUUUUGUGGGCUGUAUCGCUGACGCUCACAUUGGUGAUAAACUGAUCGAUUUCUCUGAGUCUUCAAGAUCGAUACAAAUCACAGCAGGGUGUUCUAGAACAGAUCAGUGUGCCAAAAACUCUUGUCAAAAUAACGGUACGUUUACAAAAAAACUCAACUGACUUUAACGUUUUAGGUGAAUGCCUUGACCUUUGGGAUUCAUCCGUUUGUGAAUGUCCUGCUCCGUAUCUGAAACCAAAUUGCGCUUAUGCUCUACCUGCAUCGACUUUUGGACACAAUGACAAGCCGUCGUCGGUGAUUAUAAGGUGAAUCACUUUGGAAAAUACUGCAGAGAAAUCUAAAAAUUUUUGCUAAUCACAGUUCUAUUAAGGUUCUCAUUAAUUAUCGUAUCAAACAACGUUAUUUGACCCAUAAAUCAAGGUUAAUCAACCUGAAUUUAAUUGUAGCGUGGCCGAGCACGAGAACCAGCUGUUGCGGAACUCAAUCGACGUCCAAUUUCUUAUGAGGUCAAACAAAAACGACGGGGAACUGUUGCUUCUUGGAGAAAAGCCAAGUUCAGACGGCGUUUCAAAUUAUUUCACAGUUGAACUGAUCAACGGUUUUUUGCAAGGUACCCUCGAAAAUUUUGAAUAUUGCGAUUGAAAGUUUUCAGCUCGACUGAAGAGUGGCGGACUUAGAGAAGUAUCAGCCUUGAGUAAGACCUUUGUAACAAAUAACGAACAGCACCUGAUUCGUGUGAAUUACAACAAGAAUCUUCUUCAGGUAUGUUAAGAAAAAUUUCUAUAAAGUGUGGCAGAUUAAAAUUUUGAAAGUAUUGCGAGUAGAGUUUUUGAAAUAAGUGCCUGUAAACGGACUUUUUCGUCUUGUAGAAAACAAAAAGAAAAAAAGAUAUUCAAAAGAAAGACUCCAAUUUCAGCUGUACAUCGACGAAAAUCUGGAAACUUCCAUCCCAGCAAAGUCAAGAUUUGGUCAAGACUUUUACGUGGAACAGAUCUCCCUUGGCGUCACCAACCGCUCUAUCACGCCUAACAACUUUUACAAAGGUUGAAAUUUCAUUAAUAAAGACUUUGAAAUGAAAUCGGAGAGUUCCAGGCUGGCUUCGGGACAUUCAAAUCAAUGAGAAGUCUUUGGUCGUGCAUCCGACUCUUCUUGCUGUCAACUCCCUGGGAACUUUGGUGAAAGACAACAACGUCUUGGAAGUAAUCAAUAAACUACAAAAAGAAAACUCAAUUUUAUGAUUCUAGGGAGAAGUGUCUGACAUCGUUUGCACUCCUGAAACUUGUCUUUAUGGCAACUGUAAGGACACGUUUAACGAUUUUGAGUGCUCUUGUCAGCCAGGGUGAGAUUUUCUUGAUGUUUCAAAGAAAUGAAACAUUCUUUGAAAUAAAUCGCCAUAAAAUGUAGCCAUUAUUUCAGAUACUACGGAAAGAGAUGCGAUAAAGUCGACUUUUGCUCUCAAAACAUCUGUCCUUCUGGAUUCCGUUGUCGAAACGCAGACAAAGGCCAUUAUUGUACGAUUUCCUCUUUGAAACAUCACUUUUCCAAGUUUCCAGGCACAUCAUCAAUAACGAUUGGAAACGAAAGUUUCGUGAAAUACGAGCUGAAUAGCUUCUCAGCCAUUGUUAUUCCAAAGAUGGAGUUGGCUAUAAGAACGCAUUCCUCGAAAGGUCAUCUUUUCACAUUGGUAUGACAAAACCCUCAACAUAUUUAAAAAAAGGUGAAUUUCAGCUUCUGAACAAUGAAAAAAUCUCAAUGAACGUUGAAAACCGUCGAUUGCUUUUAUCCAUUGGGAGCACUUUCAAAUUUGAUAAGAUUAUUUCGGAUGGCGAAUGGCAUCAGAUCAAAAUCCUAUCAGAACGCAUAUUCAUCGAUGGCAAAUCUUUCAGUUAGUUUUUCAUUAAAAUACCCUUACUUAUCAAGUUUUUAUUAAGACAUAGCAAAAAAGAUCUUCUCAAAUGGACGAAGCAAACGAGCGACUAUCAUUUUUGGUCACCAAUCUACAGAAGCUGUGUUCGGCUGCUUGGAGAACGUGACUAUUGGUGAUUAUCCAAUGCUCUCAUUCCUCAACCAAACUGUGCCGACAACGGAAGAUUUUUGGGUUCUGAAAAACAAAACAAAGGUGCUAAACAAAAAAAAUGCCGAAAUAAAAAAUAAGUUAAGACUUCAACAACUUGUAUAUCUUCCGAACAAUGCGGAAUUUAUUCAACAUGCCUUAAUGGAGCAACAUGUGUCGAUAUGUGGAAUAAGGUUCGUUCAAAGUUUGAAAAAUCGAGACUUUGCACGGAUAACACUAUAUCGAAAAAUUCUUCGAGGAUUUUUAACCGAAAUAAAUUUUUAAAAGCUUGCCAGUUUCAGAGGAAGUGCAACUGCGCUCCAGGCUUCAGCGGAGAUCAUUGCGAAGAGAACAUCAACGAGUGUCAGAAUAUCAACUGUCUACAUGGCAACUGUAUUGACGGAAUCAACGAAGCUCGGUAUGAUAACCAAAAUUGAUAUGAAACUAUGAAAAUCUCAUUCAAGAUGCGAAUGUUCCAUUGGAUUCGGCGGAAAACUUUGUGAUGAACCAUUGGAUAAUUGUGAAGGACUCCAGUGUCAAAAUGAAGGUCAAUGCGUAAAGAAAGACGGAAAAGUAAAGUGUGACUGCUCGGAAGGCUGGAUUGGAUCUUUCUGCAAUGUGACUGUGGGUAGUUACGUGUUUUUUUUUUCAGAUUCAGACUAUUAUUUUUUGUGAUAUGAAAUAUCAAAGAAAAAAUGCUGGAUUUUUCGAAAAAUUAACUUUCAUUGAGAUCAACUAAAAAAAUUUUUUUCAGAAGACCUCGAAAUGCGUUGAUCAACCGUGUCGGAACAAAGGAAUUUGCUCUCAACAAGAGGUUUUUCUUGGUGGAAAUGAAAAUCGAAGAGUGAAGCUGUUAUUCAGAAUGGCUUUUUGUGCCAGUGUGCCAAUGCUUUUGGUGGAGAACUUUGCGAGGAAAAGUUAUUGAACCAAUGUGAAGAUUAUGACUGUGACCAUGGACAUUGUAUUGAUGGGGCGGAUGGCCCUCAGUGUGUUUGUGACAAAGGUUUGUUUUUUCAAGGAAAAGGAAUAAAAAAAUCAGUGGAGCAUAAAUACCCAAAAAAACGAUUUAUUUUUUUCCAGAGGAAGUUAUAACUUUCUUUUGGAGCUCAGAAUAUUUUUUUAGCUUACUAUCUCUUUACCGCCAAUAUGAGAUAAAUUCGAUAAAAAAAUAUUAACGACUGUCUUUUUUUACACAUUUUCGCCGAUAAUGUGAAAAAAAUAACACAAUGGCAUUCCGAACAAGAUUUCAAAAAUCUCAAUCUGCGCUAAUUUUACAUAUUAAAUGAUAUAAAAAAACAUUUCAGGCUUCGCAGGGGUUUAUUGUGAGAAAGUUGUGGACUAUUGCGUCGAGGCCACAUGUAAUAAAAGAGGAUCUUGCCAACCUGUCUGGAACAAUACAAUUUGCGAGUGUGAAAAGGUUUGUUACAGUUCUUUUUUUUUCGACCGUCAACUCAACCAAACUUCCAGAACUGGCGAGGCUCCAAUUGCGAACAUGCAAGCAACAAAUGCUUUGAUAUUCCCUGUGAGAAUGAUGGAGUCUGUGAAAGUAACCUUUCCAAUCCCAAUGGGUUCAAUUGUCGCUGUCCCAAGUACUACCUGGGUAUGGUAAUUUUAAAAAGUUCAUCAAAAUAGAAAAGUUUUAGGCGAUCGAUGUGAAGUGGAAGGGAGCUGCUUGCAAAAUCCUUGCGUCAACGGAGAAUGUCUACAGAUUACGUUUGAAAAACACGCCUGUAGUUGUUCACAAGGCUAUGAAGGUCCUAAAUGCGACGUGAGUUAACUUUCCGAAAAUGGUUUGGCAAUGUUUGAAAGAAGAGAAGUUACUAAAAAAUAUCUCGACUUAGUUUUUGAAGCCUUCAAGGUUAAAUCUACGGUCUGCAAAGAUUUCACCGAUCCCAACUGUGAAUCAAAAAACCUGAUUCUUCAAGAUUAUUGGCGGAUAAAGCAAAGCAAAAAUAAAUAUCCAACGAGUUUUUUAGAAACGCAUCGAUUUCUGCGCGAAGAAGCCCUGUAUUAACGGUGGAUCUUGCGAAUCCCUACUGAGCGGUCCGAAAUGUCAUUGCAUCCCUGGUUUCGAUGGUUUGAGGCUUGGAAAUUGAUAGAAAUGGAAAAAGGAGCUUCAGGUCUACAAUGUGAGACAGACAUCGAUGAAUGCGCUUUGGGAUACUGUGGAAAUGGAGCCAAAUGCAAGGAUCACGUCAAUGAUUACGAAUGCGUUUGUACAAACACCGGUUUCAAAGGUUUUUCUGAAAAAAAAAGAGAAAAAAAUUUCUCAAAAGCUGAGUGAUGCAAAGAUUAGCACCGAAACGAUUUUUAGUAACUAACAAAGUCUGAUUUCACGAAAUCCAGAAGAAAUUUAUAUGUGGAAAAUUCCCUUUCAAGCCUAUUCAAGACCGUAAUCCAAAAUUUUUUCAAAAGAAAAUUGAUGUUACUAACUUUUGAGUCAACUCACAUAACUGUUCCCAAUUUUUUCUUUGAUCAAUACUAAAAUUUUUUUUCCAGGUAAAAACUGCACAGAAGACGUCGACGAAUGCCAAACGGCUGAAAAUUGUAUUAAUGGAAAAUGUAAAAACGCCCAUGGCGGCUAUAAGUGCACUUGUAGCCCAGGUAUUCACGAAUUGUUCUCAGAGACUUCUUCGACAUUUCAGGUUACAUCGGAACGCGUUGCUCAAUGGUAAAUCCUUGCAUUCCUAACGAUAAAAAUCAAACUUUACACACAUGCGUCCAUGGAAGAUGUAUAAAUCCAGUUGUUAAGGUAAUCGAAUCAACCAACUUUAAUCCAAAAAUGUGGUUCAGCUUGAAAUGGGACACGAACAAGUGAGCUACGAAUGCGUUUGUGACCGUGGUUACACUGGCGCUCGGUGUAGAACAAAGGUUAAUUUCCUUUUCAAAAUUCAAAAUUUUUCUUUUUUUUCAGAUCGAAGAGAAGAAGCUUUUUGCGAUUGGCUACAUCCUCGGGCCGGCAAUCGCCGUUUUUUGUGUUUUAUCAGUUAUUGGAUGUUUACUGUUUCUUUUCGUGAUGAAAGGAAAUAACGCGAUGCAUGGGCAGUACAGUCCAAGUACUCAAGAAACCUACGGGAAUAGGAUACCUGUGAGUUUUUUUUGAGCGAAAAUCAUUAAGGAAAUGACUCAAGCUCUAUGGGAAUUUUUUUUGAAUACUAUUUUGAACUCUCUUCCCCGAAAUUGGAACCUGAGUCAUUAUCGAUGCGUUCAAAAAAUUAAAAAUCAAAAAGUCGAGCUACUCUUUUAUGUCAACGCAAUCCACCUCCAAAAUCAGAUAUAAGAACGAAGAAAAAAAAGUAAAAAAAACCGAAUUCAUUCAACCAUCUCAAUAUUUAUAACGCUCCUAUCCUUUUUCAGAUCAACUCAAUCAUGAAGCUGCCCACGCAAGAGAGAUUAAUAUGA